AUGUGGGAUUCACUUGGGAGUCGAAAUGAUUGGCUUCUACGUAGUUUGGGCACAUAUCAAUUUCAGAUAUGUCUACAAGUACUGCUGGCUAUCUGCUAUGCUAUGGCUUUGAGAGCUAUCUCAGUAGCCGAUAUCAACGAGCGUCCCACUUACGAAUUCACCAAACAUCUAGAAGGCCACAUAGUUCAUAACAUCAAUCCCAUCAAUCCAUACUUUGAGGUAAUUGGUUUUCACAAUCGCAUAGUUAGACAAGAAAAGAAAAGCUUUGAUGCUCGGAAAAUAGAAGGAUGGAAAGAUUGCGAGUCCUUAAGGACUGUUCGUAACCAAGCAAACUGCGGUAAUCGAACUCUCAGGUCGUGCUGGGCAGUUUCCACGGCAUCAGCGAUGUCUGAUAGAUAUUGUAUUAAGUAUAAGAUGGAUCGGGUUUGGAAUUAUGUAUAA